AUGGCACCGCCCUUUUGUGUGGGCGUAGAGGGAGUGGAUAUGUGUGAGGGAGUGGCCGUUGUUCCCGCACAUUUGUGUCUUCCACACACGUGGCACCUCUCGGCAGCCUUUCGCAGCACCCAGGCCGUGGAUCGAGAGGAUGGGAGGGUCUGCUACAAGUACAACAAGGACAACAAGAUGCAGUGCGUGACGGCGAGGCUGAUCCGCGGGCGGUUGCAGCGCGUGGACCAUGUGCGACAGUAUGCUUUGGGUGUUGCGCUCAUGAUUGGGGAGGAGAGGCGGCACGACAUUGUGGCGCUGUGUGUGUUGUGUGGCCGGGGCAUGUCGGCGAUUGUGAGGACGUGGAGGACACGGAGCUGUUUGACUGAGGGAGGUGGUGGCGAACAUUGCGGCGCAGCGGGAGCGCAUCACGGACUGCGUGUGCUGGAGGGGCGCGUGUUGAAGUGA